AUGAAUGUUUUUUUAAAGAAGCAGCGUAGAGAGCCGGAUGUUGAGGGUGGCCUCGAACACUCGUAUAGUCUAGAGAGCGGCAAGCGAACGGCCAACCUACGGUUCGCCUACCUCUUCAUCCAACCUCCCGCAAACUUGAGCGACGCAUGGGCGCUCCUAGAACAGCUAUUUAGACCACAAGAGACGCUAGUUGCCUUCCAUAACACACGACACACAGCAACCUGGGCAUCCGUCGAUGUCUUUAACGAUGCUCUGUUCAGCUUGGGCAGCAGGGUCUUUACGGAACCAGACAUAUCGCAUCAGAUUUUCCUCCGUUUUGAAGGCGGCCUCAGUUCAGAAGAUCCGACACGGGAAUUUAUCAUCCAGCCUCCAACAGAUCUACUCUCUGCUCUCCAAAUCCCUACCGAAUUACCUGAUCCGUAUGAACCCCCGAAGAGGAAGUGUUUCCUCUGUAAAAAUAACGAUAUUGAUAUAGACUACAAGAAUGUUCGACUCCUAUCUCAGUUCGUUUCCCCCUAUACCGGCCGUAUUUACGGACGCCAUAUUACCGGCCUCUGUAUGCCCAUGCAAAAACGUAUAUCUCAGUUGAUCAAGCGCUCACGCAAGUUCGGCUUUAUGGCUACGGAGUUGAAGGAGACGGUCUUCUUCAGUGAUCCUGAUUUGACUCGAAGACGGAACUAG